UGGUUGUGUUGUGAAGCGAAGAAGAAAAGUGUCGCGACGAAAUGAGAUCUGUCAAAACAUUUCAGGGAUUUUCUGAAAUUAGUUUUUGAAAAUUAGAAUUUGGCUUAAGAGUUCGGGAAUUUUACAAUGGCAUGGUUUGGUGAGGGGUUUUCAUCAUUGAAAGGUCAACUUUCCAACUUUACUAAAGAUGUCGCCACAAAUAUAGUAGGGUUAAGUCCCCAUGAAGGCUCAGAACAAGAGGAAUCUCCGUCUUCAUUGCAUGAAGAGGCCACUUUGAAGUCACAUUCAGAACUAGAGAAGGGUAGCAGUAGGAGUCACGAUAAAGAGGUCGCUAGACUGAGGGAAGAGAACGCGCAGCUUCGCAAGAUACUGGCCAAGCAGUCGCCACGAGAUCGCAGAGUCUCCGAGGAGGCUACCCUAGAGUGUGAGGAGGUGCCAGUGUCUCAGUUGCCGCUCGUACCACUCGAUGAGGUCGGGGCAGACUCCUUCCUGGGACAAGACAAUCUUCCCAAAGAUGCCAAGGCCGAUGAUGAAAUCUCGUCCCUUCGAAGUCGUCUCCGGAAAACAUUCCAGGAAAAAGUCUUGAUGGAGCAGAACUGUUCCCGCCUAGAGAAGGAGGUUGCGUUACUGACAAGACAGGUGGCAGAAGACAGGCGGCAAGCUCAGGUGGAAAGGCGACAACAAGGAAGUGCAGGGGAUUGCCAUCGCUGCACUCAGACCGACAACAAUACUCUACCACAAACCUCCAGCUCUGCGGACGUCUCUAGUGUGGCAUACGAGAACAAUCAGCUCAGACAAGAGCGGGCCCAGCUGAGAGCAGAGCUGGCCAGGUUGUCUCGUACUGUACAGGAGCUGGAGUCACAAGUGGCCGUCUCUCAGGACGAGAAUGCAAACCUCUCCACUGGCAUGGAGGAGUUGGAUAUCCAACAUCAGGAGGCCAUAGAACAGAUAAUGGUGCUGAAGGAUUCCACUCAAAAGCGAUACGAAGUUUUGCAAGCAGAGUUUGAAGAACUUAAUCUAAAAUAUGAAAAAUUGGUUAAAGAUAAUGAAACAGAACGGCAAGAAAGAAAUAGUAACUUAAGGGAUUCAGACUGUCAAACAAAUGAAGAUAUUUCAGCCAGUCUCAAAUCUCAAAUAAUGGCGGAACUUUCAGAAGAAAUAAAAAAUAUGAUAACUACUGAAAUCCCAGAUAAGUAUUUUGAAACUGGUAAAGACAAUGCUAAUGUUUUGGAAACAGUAGCGGCUGUUGAAAAAAUGCUUUCACACACCAUGGCCAGAGUUGAAUCUAGCGAAAGCAAAAUCAGAGACUUACUGAAGGAGCUGAGGAACAAAGACGAUGAGCUCCAAGAAAUAGAAGAAGAAAAUAAAACAUUGCAGUUGAAAAUAGAAGAGUUUAAAGAAAAGUGUAAGAAUCUCCCCACUAUCAAUGAAAAUAAUGAAGAUGUGGAAGUCCUGGAAAACAAAAUCGUGACCUUGGAGAAUGAAAUAGGUAUUCUUCGAGAAGUACGAUCAAAUUUGGAAGUUGAGCACAGUAACUCUCAGAGUGAAAUUGAAGGCUUAGUCAGGAGACUACAAGCUGCAGAAGCCAUGGUUCGAAACCAAGAUAAUUUGCAUACUGAGGUAUCCAAAUACAAGGAAAAUGAAGAAGAGCUGUAUAAGAAACUGAGUAUAAUGGAGCAUUCACGAGAUGAAAUGUCCUCAGAAAUAUCUCAACUCCAGCAUAAAGUAGAAGAACAAGAGAAGGUCAUUGCAGAAAUGAAGCACGGCCAGAGAAAGCUUGACGGGCUUCCAAACUUAAAUUCACUCUUGGAAGAAGAAGCAACCAAAGUUAAAGAGCUUGAUGUUAUGCUGAAAAAGGUGUCAGAAGAACUUGAAAAUGAGAAACUUUUAAGAAAGAAAGUGGAAGAUGAAAAAGAAAAAUUAUUUGCAGAGCUAAAAAGAUUUGAAAAUAGUCAAGAGUAUUCCUCAAACAACAAAGUAGAGUUGGAAAUGUUGAUGGACAUUAAAAUUCAGCUCGAGAAAGAAAAGGAUGAAUUACAAAAUAAAAUAUCUAUAUUAGAAGAUCUAGAACAAAAACAUAUGGAAUUGAAGUCAGUUUUUGAAGUAGAGACCAACUUGAAGAAAGAACUGGAAAUGUCUUUAAAUUCAAAGUACAAUGAAAUUAAAUUACUUGAAAAUGAGAAGCUGUGUUUGGAACAGCAGUUGGAAAAGCAGACACAUGAAAAUGAUUUAAAGUUCAAAGAACUGAAAGUUUUAAAUUCUUGUUUGACCCAAAAAUGUGUUAAGUUUGAAAAGGAAGUUUUGGAUUUAUCUGAAAGGUUUGAUGCUCUAAAAAUAGAAAAUGACUCAAAAGACAGAAAACUAUGUGAAGCCAUUCUAGAGAAGUCUGUUACAGAUAAUGAAAUGGCUGAGAUAAAACUAGUUAAAGAUAAUUUGGAAAAGAAAAUUACAGAUAUUAAAAGCCAAAUGGCAAAAAGAGAAGAGGAAUUAAUUAAGCACCUGAAAAACAUGACAGAGAAAAUGUGUGAUACUAUUGAAAAACAAGGCGAAGACAUUAAUGCUGAUGUAUCAACUUUUAUCAGUGUGAUAUCUAGCAAACUGGCAUCCUUGGAAGAAGCCAACACUCGGCUCGUCAAAGAAAACUCUGCUCUCUCUGAAAAUGUCAAAUCCUUGUUAUCUGAAGUUAAUGACAAAACCGAAUGCAUACUGAAACUUUCAGCUCAAAUGGAAACAUUGCAUGCAGAGAAACACAGUAUUGAAGACAGACUAAGGAAUUUGAAAGAAAAGGUCUCAAUUGGGAAUCAGACUGACGAAGUUGAUGCUCCAAAAAUAAGUGAAGAGCUGUAUGAAGAACUUUGUAAAAGACUUGAAGAACGUGAGGCGAAACACCAAGAACUUCAAGAAAGAUACGAAAAACUCCUUUCAUCGAGCGACCAUUCACUGAGUAACCUCAACGACCAACUACGAAGCCUUCAUGCAGAACGACAACAACUGAUAGAAACUGUUCAGACAAAACAUACUGAAUGUUUGAAAUAUCAUGCAGAAAUUCAACGACUUUGUGCUGAACUGAACAAGACAGAGCAACAAAGAAUAUCAACGACAAGUCAACUGCAAAAACAGCUGGAGGAGAAGGAGGCUCUAGUGGCGGCCAGUGACAAGCAGGUGGUGUCUCUCAAUGAGCAGAUACACACUCUGCAGAACCAGCUGGAGUAUGUGUCCCAGCUACUGAGAGUCACUGACAGACAGGAGGCAGAGGGCCAGCCCGCUAGCGACACAGCCAACUCGAAAUUGCAGUCUGAUAAAGCGGAAGUAGAAGAAAAGGAGGCUCGCAGAGUUGAUGAACUUUACGAGAGUUUACAGCAAGAACAGCUGAGGAACAAAUAUCUUCAGGAUGAGGUGUCAGAACAACAUGAGAAGGAGGCAGGGUUGUUGAGGGAGUUGGAGCGUCUGAGAGGACAUCUGGUAGCUGUGGAGGACAACUACACUCAGGAGAUGGCGAGGGCUGAGCAGCAGAUGACUACAACAUGUACCAAUGUUGUAGGUGUCAGAACAGUGUCAGAACAACAUGAGAAGGAGGCAGGGUUGUUGAGGGAGUUGGAGCGUCUGAGAGGACAUCUGGUAGCUGUGGAGGACAACUACACUCAGGAGAUGGCGAGGGCUGAGCAGCAGAUGACUACAACAUGUACCAAUGUUGUGUCAGAACAACAUGAGAAGGAGGCAGGGUUGUUGAGGGAGUUGGAGCGUCUGAGAGGACAUCUGGUAGCUGUGGAGGACAACUACACUCAGGAGAUGGUGAGGGCUGAGCAGCAGAUGCAGGAGCUGACACAGAGACUCUCUGUUGCAGAGGAGAGAGCAAAGUCCUCGUCAACUGCUUACACUUCAGCUAGUAUUAGAGCGAAUCAGCAGGUGGAGUCAUUGGCUGGUCAGGUGCGUCAACUAUCAGAACAAAAAGAAAAAUUAUCAGCACAGUUGGCGACGGCUGAAGACAAACUACACAAACAGCAAGCGGCUCUCACCAACCUGCAGAUUGUAUUGGAACAGUUCCAACGAGACAAGGAGCGUGAUGUUGCAAUGGAGAAUGAACGAAUCAGGCAGACACUGCAGCAAGCAAACAACAAGAACAUGGAGUUGUCCAGUGAGAUCAAGGCUCUGCAGCUACAAUUGAAAGAAGCCAAGGAAGGUUUGAGCGCGGCGUCUCGUUUGACUGAGCAGUUGGAUCACAAGUCCAAAGUCAUCACAGAACUGAAGCAAGAAGUGUCGGAGUUGGCAGAGAAGCUGAAGAAGGCAGAUGAGAGGAUUCAAGCAGCCAGCGUCAGUGUCGAAGGCAAAGUAGAUCGGUGCCUGGUGCGUAACCUAGUGGUGGGCCACCUGUGUGCGCCUCCCAGCAGCCGAGCCCAGGCGCUAGGUGUGAUAGCUACUGUGUUGGACUUCAGCCCUGAGGACAGACAGAGGAUUGGCCUGGAGCCGGCCUCCAAAGACAUCAAGCUCAAGCAACAGAGCUUGUCUGAGGCUUUUGUCCGUUUUCUGGAGAGCGAGUCACGGCCUCAGCCACAACUGCGACUGCCUGUUCAGGAGACUGAGGGUUCAAGGAGUCGUAAGACAUCUUUCAAUUCAGGUGAACUAGCGUUGCCGCCUGCUCGCCGAACCAGCGGUUCCGUCCUUAAGGAUGUUCUCAAACAAGACCUUUAAUUUAUAUUCAAUAACUAUUUUAGAGUAUUUUGUAUUAUAUUGUAUAAAUACUUAUUAUUAUAUCUCAUUGUAUUAUUAUGGUUCAAGAAAAUGUUGUUUUAA